UGAGGCCUUAUCUCACAUGGAGGUGAACGAUUUAUGAACCAGCUGACAGUUCAAAAUAAGUCUUGUCUCAACUGCACUGGAUUAAUACCAUGUUCUUGUUCGUUUCAAAAUGCAUCUCUGAUGUCCUUACAUGCAUUGAAUAAAAGUCAAAGUUGUUUGAUUUGCACAAUUGGUUGAAAAUGUAUUAUUUUUUUAUAUUUGGGGUAAAGAAUAUGUAUUAAAAUGUGCAUAGAUGUUCAAUGCAUCUUUGCAUGGUGAAGACAAUCUAAGCGCAAAGGUCCCCUUGCUAUUGAUUGAGCGCUUUCAACCGCAUCUCAGGUGACACCUAGGCCAGCUCUGUUUGAUUAAUGAAUGCUGGGUUGAAAACUCCAAAUCCUUCAUAAAACGAUUUUUGAGCUUAGAUUGUCAUCGCCCUUUUCUUUUUGAUCUGUCUGUAUUACAUAACAAUGAUCAAAAAAAAAGUAGAAAGAACUUCCUGUAAAUUUGUAUUUUUACAAUAGAAAACCUUCAAACCUUCUGCACCAUCGCAAUGAUAAUCAGUGACAAUUAAAGGACACAAUCAGUAUUUUCCUUAUUUAAUAAGUGCAGUAGUUCAUGAGAAGAUUAUGAAAAAAAUAACAUAUCUCUGCAUGUUAAAUUGAUGUACUGCAGCUUUUCUUUAUUAUACAGGUUGACCAACUAAACUCAAGAUCUGGAGCAGUAAACGGGCAGCCUAAACUAAUCCACAAACCUUUUCUUAGAUUUUUACCUUCCUAAAUCAAUGCUUGUUUGAUAGCACAUGUUUAGUACUUUUGUUCCAUCAUUUUCUUUCCCGACACCAUUAUGUGAUUUUGUUGAGUUUGGAGAAUGCAUUUGCUCUUUUCGGAACACAUGUUGUGUGCCUUCUUUUCUCAAAGAGGUGCCUUUUACAGUAUACCAUCCAUCCAUACAACAAUGGGGUUGAAGUACACUAAGGACAGAUCAUCAGCUAGUUUGCUUAACUGCUUCUACCCGUAUCUGCACACAUGAAAAGACGUUUCUGCUCCGAAGCAGUGGUGUCACUUGUGCUCCAUUAGACCCAUAUUCAUGUUCACAUUUGGCUCACAAAGCUCAUCUCUUGUCUCUCAGAUUCAGAUAUGCUCUAUGAUAUUUCACAACAGCUCUUGUUUCAUGUCCAUGAAAGAUCAUUUAAUCUCAGGAGACACUAGAUCUAUAAAGCAUGUUGUAGGAGGGGAAAAAAACGCUGUUAAAAACAUGCUCAUAGCAGGGCGGACUUAUUGAUGGACUUAUUUACCCAUUUUCUCCCCACAACUUCAACAGACAGUGUGAAGACACUGUGCAUUACUCUAUGUCUCUCAUUCGGAUGCAGUCUCCUAAAAGAAAACAUCUUGAUGCUUAUAACAUCCAUUACAAGCAAAAAGUCCAAAGCUGAUCAUAGUGUGAAACAUCUUUCAGGAGCUCUGCCUCAGAUGCUCUUCUUUUCCAACAUGCGUUACAUUAAAACAAAUCAUAAACUUAAAAAUACAUCUGAUAUGAAUGAGGAGCUUAAUGUCAUGUAAUUGGUUUUUAUUUCUGUAGGUUUCUAUGCAAAGCAGCAGUACACUGUAACCUUGUCUUAUCAAUAUAAGUGUUAACUUUAUUGAAGGGAAACAAAGCAUAAUCAUGAAAUGAACUACCUGCUUUAGUGUUCCUCCUAAUUGAUCUCCAUGUUACCUGGUGGAUGUGUUAUUUUUUUCAGCUGCUGUUCCUCAUCAUAAUCAAAUGCCAGGAGUACAGUAUCUGCAGAGAGUCAGGUAUGGCACCAUGAUUUUCUGCUGAAUUAUUUAAGCCAUGAAGUGCUGAUAUCAAUGGGUGGGAGCUGCUGUAUGGAUCCAGCUUGCAAAGAGCUGGGAGGUUGCAGAGAGUUCAUCAUGAUUCAGCUUGCCUCAGUCCUCUUCACAAUUGUCUCUUUGAACUCACACGCGCACACACGUAGCUUUGAUGAAACUCAAAAAACAACCAAACGCACAGGAAUUAAGUCUUUCUGUCAGAAUUAAUAUGUAGUACGUCUCCAGCAGUUUACAUAUUUAACUGUGCUCAGUUGCACGUCAUGAGAUCAUAGCUAUUGCAUGCUUUGGAAAUAACAUACUCUGUGUUAAAAUUAAUGUUGGAGCAGGGAGUAUGAAGACACACUUGUAACUCUGUAUUUUCAACUUUCUCUGUUUUUAAGGCCAUCUUUUUAAAACAAUUCAAGGUGUGCUUUCCAUUUCCAUUCAUAGUUCUCAGGUUUCAUUUAAUCAGUGGAUCCUCUCAAUACUAUUCUACGAUUAUAAAUCAUAUUUGAAUAUAAAAUGAGACAAAAUUUAAGCCAAAGCAGAACUACUGUUGCGGUUUGUAAAUUUAUGUAAAUUUUAACUUGAGGCAAACAUGAGAAAAAGUAAUUCACGAAUGUCAUCAAUUAGAUUUUCUAUCAAAUGUGAAAGCUUUUAACAUCUCUGCUGAGGCAAAUAAUCGAGGCUCUUUGCAGAGCCUGAACAUCUGAAAUUCAUACAAAGCCGUGACUUCAGACAGAUUGUCUUUCUCCUGGUUACAGUGUCAUAAAACCAUAACCAUUGUAUAAGCAUUGCUUUCAUCUGCAGAAAAUUGACCCGAAAAUGAUUUAUGCAGGCUAUAUACAAUACUGAACCAUUGAAAGUGGGUAAAUUGCAUACAGCUAAUGUGUUAUUCAAGCGGAAUCAGACGGGCAGAAUAUACCGAAAUCACUCGCUGCUACUUCUCCUACCUUUGAAAAUGAAAAUGUGCAAUUUUUGUUGAGGUGAGAUGAAAUGACAGUUGUUAUAAAGAGGCUAGGAUCAAUGAUAAUGCUCGGAGAAAUUGCAAGAGAGGCAGCCUUAACACUUAUGGUGAGAUUCUUCAUCUUUUGAAUCCAUCCUUUUUCUAUACAGACUUAUACCUGUUCAGAGCCAGGGGCUAUGCCUGAGGCAGAAUCUUUUGAGUUAAUUGUCACAGAGAAACAAACAUCUGGGCAAUUUUAGAGGCUCUAGUUCAAUGCAUCUGCAUGUUUUUAGACUGGGAGGAAACCUGCACGCACACAGGAAGAAACUCCAAACAGGAAGUCUACAGAGGAGAUUCCCACCCACAACCUUCUUGGUGUGAGAUGACAAGACUAACCACAAGCCAUCGCUAAAUAAAUAAUAAUUUAGUAGGAAUCUCCUUUUACGAGCGAGGAACCAAUUGAAAAGAUAUAAAACAUUCUGUACUUCACUUGUCAAAAAAAAAAUCUGUAAGAUCAGAAAUAGAUUCUCAGUAACAUGUUUUUGUAGCUUGUGUUCUCCCCCUGGUGGCCCAUUGGUGAACUGCUCUCUCUGGCUACUUUGAGUAAAAACAGCUUUAUAUUUACACUUAAGUGGCAAAAUUUGUGGAGUGGACAGUGAUUUACAGUUCAAACUACAAGUAGGAAUGUAUUGUCUUGCUAAGAGUAAUUUUACGUGACAAGUGGCAUGUCUCUGCAAACACCAUACUGCUCACUGUAAUAGGUGUUGCUUGUCUGUGUGAAACAAUGAUACUAUACAGUUUAGGGCCCAAGAGAAAUUCAGAAAUACAAAAUUCAGAAAUUGAUUCCCUGUCAAUGACUCUGCACAUGGCAACAGCUGAGUCAGCAGUUUGCAGAUAACAGUGCUAACAGCGUUAACAGUGAAAAACAAUGACGCAGCAAUGACAAACCUAACAGGGUUUAGCUGAUGGGGAUAUGGAGGGUGGCACUGCUGCAGUCGGUCGGGAUCAGCUGUAACUGCCGUUUGAGCGCAAUGCGGAGCAGCUGCCCUUAGUUAACCAGUGGGGCAUGCUCACAUGCACGAGCAUGCACUAAAAGCACAGCAUAGCAGCUCGUUUUUUGCUGCUAUAUAAAUUUUCUGAAUCAUGUAUAUUGCACCCUUAAAACAGUACUUUUACUUGUAAUAUGUUUGCAUUGUGUUUUGAUUAUGGACAGUCUUAUACAUUAUAAAAAUACAACAUAUCAGACUUUAAGGGAUAUAAAAAAUGUAUUCUUAUCCCUAGUGGUAUUGAUAUUGAAGUUUAAAAAAGGUGUUCAUUGGUAAAACAUAUAUGGGUUCCAUAACUAACAAUUUGAAUAUGUUCUGCCAAAAAGAUAAUGGCCUUUAUUUGUUAAAUGUAGUCGUCAUUGCUUUAUUAAUGUAUAAGAUAUUUGAGUGCUCUGGUUUGAGGAGGUCAUCAUACUCAUUGUUCCUUAUUCCUGCUCCUCGUGGUGCACAGCUGCUCGUAUACCUGUAAAUGUUAAUCUGGAUGCAGCAGGCAUUAAAACGAGUGUUAACCGGGAGGAAGCAGCUCAGAUUGCCUGCCUCUCUCUUAAUCGCUCACUUGCUACCUCAGCAUCUCUGCAGAUGCACCCCCACCCCACACACACACACACACACACACACACACACACACACUAUGGUUCUCUAUAAACAGCAGCAGCCCUUUGUGAGCAGGUCAAUAGCAGCACCACUGAAUUUCUCUAGCUGAGCCACUGAUGAGGGACUUCCUGAGCACGAUGCCUUUGAAUGUCGAUAAAUAGAUCGCCUUGCACUAAUGCAUUCCUGCUGAUUGUUACACUGUGUCAGAGUACAGUGUGUGACUUGAUUAAAAUACAUCUCUUAAACUAGGGCACAUGCCCUAAAUGUCCAAUCCUUGUAAACAACAAAGGUUUACAGUGUCUGGGCAAUUCUAUUGAGCAAAAUCUGGAUCAGCUAUACCAUUAUUUCCAGAUUUGACAGGGCUCUAUAGUCAGUAAUCCCGCUUGCUGUUUUCCACAUCUUUUUAUGUUUUUCAGUGUAUUUUCUAUAUUCUCCUGUCUUUGUUUUGCCUUUGAAGGUGAAGAUUUCACCAUUCCCUUGAGGAUUUAGCUUCAUCCACAAAUGAAUGUGCAUGAUGAAGGAACUGAAUAAACAGCAAAUGGUUUAUGUGAGGAUCAGGUCUAUUCUCUAUCCUUAUAUGCCCUUUUUUAUCCAAGCCUAUACCGCUACCUUGCUCCUGGUAUCUUACUGGAUACAUUUCAGUUUUCUAGCCUUUUUUUUGUUCAUUCAUGUGCUAGUGGAGAAGUCCAAUAUCAUGGACUUUAGCGGCUAAAAAGAAGCAGUAACACAUCCCAGUAUGAAAACAUAAUUGAUUUAUCUUAAUGUAGGAUUCCUUGGUCAGCUAUUGGGAAACUUACAGUGAUUUUGUAGGUCUGUUAAGUACCUCACAAUACAUCUUUACCACAGCAUAUCUGAACUUGCUUACUAAAGUUAAAUGAAGCAUAAAGUUUCAAUCAUCAGGACCACUGAGUGACCGCGCUACAGUUACUGCUGUGGUCUCUGCUCUUGAUGUAUAGUUUUAAAAAAGAAGAAUGUCAUGGAGGCAUGAAAAGACAGGCAUGUCAGUUGUGAUCAUAUAUCUGCAGAGUCUGAAAGGAAAUUGUCCUUCAGGAGACAAUGAAAAAUUGAUUUUAUGUCUCGUGGCAGUGAGAACAAAGCUCAUGCUGCAGGGUCUCCAGUGCCAUCAAAUUCAGAGGACCUGUGUGUGUGUGUGUGUGUGUGUGUGUGUGUGUGUGUGUGUGUGUGUGUGUGCACGCACGCGCGUGUGUGUGUUUUAUGGCAAAACACCUCGGUGAUGUUGAUAUAUACCAAACCUCUGGUAAAAGAUAAUUGUAAAAAAAAAGAAGUACAUGGUUGUCCAAGAAAAAGAUGGCUAACGGCCAACAUUAGCUGUCAGAGAAGACGCUUUAUGGUUCCCCAAGUGUUUUAUUGGGAGGAGACAGUGACCUGGUCAAGAACAGGCUUUAACGAUCUCAAGCAUCUUUCUGAGAUGAUUACUACAGAUGAAAGCAGCAGGACAUCAUGGUGAAAUUGGUCUUGCAUGGCAUUGCUUACAUUAACUGAAUUUACAGCCUAUACAAACGGCAGGACAGCAGCAGCAGCAAGUUGAGAAGUAUGUGCCCAGUCGUAUUAUCCUCUGUGUUAAACUGUCUGUUAAACUGGAAGUACAUAUUAUAACAAAUUGUAAGAUUGUGUAAUUUUCAGGUUUUGUAACUUUCAAAAGUAAUUGCUGCCCCACAAUUAAAAGUUAGGUCAUUGGUAACACUGAAUGGUAGUGUUACACAACAAACGUUUACAAGAAAACUCCACAGAGAACUUUUGAGUAAAACUAUUUAUUAAAUACUCGUAUAAAUCCUUUAUUCACAGUACAGAAGUAUGUACAAAAUGUAGGCUCUGUGAGUAAUAUUUUGCUUUUUGUUCUAUUUCCUAUUCAUGGAUAUUCAUGCACCAAUGUGUAAAUACCUUUUCCCUGUUUUAGCUGGUUUACAUGAUGUUAACUAUUAUAUACACUGCUGGUCUAUAACAAUGCAUCACAAGCAAAGUGCACAAAAUGUGAAUACUGAAGUAGUCCCUGAAAACUACACUUAGAUAGGCUUCACUGCCUGAGUAAACAUACUUGUACUUUAUGUAUACCAUGUAUGCAAUUUCCCACAACCUAAGGAGAUGUAUUUAAAUAGCUUGUUAUAUUUCACAAACGGUCCAAAACCCAAACAGAAAAACACUGGAAGCUGCGAGUGUUUCGACAUUUUUGCAUGAAAGUUGUUUAAACUGAUCAAAAUAGGCUGAUUGAAUUAUUUUUCUUUUAAUCUACAGAUUAAUUAAUCAAAUCAUUAUUUCAUAAACUAUAAUUUUUGGAUAGUUGAAGCAGUUAAAUUCCAGCAUGACAUCUCUGGUGCUGUGCAGUCUUACAGUGUAAACAGACUGUACAGCAGCCUGUGCAGCUCUCUCCAUGUAAGGAUAUGCAGCAGUGGUGUUGAAGUGUUUGUAAAGCUGCUGCUGUUUGGAGAGAAUCAGUCUGUGGCUCACUUUUAUUCUGUCAAAUCAGGCAGAUAGAUAGAUUAUCACGGCAUCUUGUGUUUAUUUAAAGCUGCUUUAUUUUCCAGAUUUACACCAACAUUUUGGAUACCGUGCUGUCUCUCUUGACUCCAGCAGCUAUGUCAAACACAGGCCGACUAUCUAAACAUCAUCUCUCCAAUGAAAUUCCGUUCCGCGUGCACGUGCACGCGUUUAUCAAGCGCGCUCUUGCGUCAAUCGAGAUUAAAACUGGGCGUCUCCUGGACCAAGAGAUGACCCUGGACCAGUCGGCUGAUAUGGGAGCUCAGACUGAGAAGAUUAUCUAUAGUUUACAUUCUUUGGAAACUGAUUCCCGACAGUUUAUUGUCGCAUCGUUCAUUAAGAACUUUGUCCGUACUGUCGCCGCGGAAAAAUGGCGAUGAUUUCAGGGUUCAUCUUUCUGUGCAUGCUCCAAGCUGCAAUCCCUCAAGGUCUGACCCCUCGUGGACCGAGGCCGAUACCUGGGCGAGGCGACAGUCCAAAUACGAAUCCACCUCAAGGUUGUAAGACUGGGAUAAUUGACUGUCCCGUCAAGGUGUUUUUUACCCUCGACACCUCAGAAAGCAUUGCCUUACAGGAGUCCCCGCCUGGGAGCCUGGUGACAAAAGUUAUGGAGUUCACCAAGAUUUUUGCCCAGAGGCUGGUUGAUGAGGAGUACAUGGGCCAGAUCCAGAUCUCCUGGUCCAUAGGAGGCCUGAACUUCUCUGAGUCGCAGCACAUCUUCAGUCCAUUCACAACCAAGGAGAACUUCAUCAGGAACCUCAAUGGGAUUAUAUAUAAAGGCAAAGGCACCCACACCGACUGCGCCCUCAAAGAAAUGACUCACCAGAUGACCCACCACUACUCAGGGACGAAGGCCGUCCUCUUCUCUGUGGUCAUCACGGACGGGCAUGUGACAGCAGAGCGAUGUGGAGGGGUACGGCAAAUGGCAGAGAAGGCAUUGCAUAAAAAGAUACAAAUUUUCUCAGUGGCAGCGUCCAGGAGCAUCGAUGAAUUAGGAAUGAGGGAUGUAGCCGGCGCUCUCCCUGAAGUGUACCGUGAUGACUACUUAGUUGUGGACAUCGUUGAUGGGAAACCAGAAAUAAAGACUGAAUCCAUCGAUCGUAUCAUAAAAAUUAUGAAACAUCAAGCCUUUGUACAGUGUUAUAAAGAAAAAUGCCUGGAGAGUCCUGGGAUCCCUGGACCAAAAGGGCCUCAAGGUCCAAAAGGUACAAAAGGAGAUAGAGGUAAUACGGGGGCAAGCGGAGACAAGGGUAAAGAGGGUGAUCCUGGCAUUGAAGGUCCAAUCGGACAACCCGGUCCGAAGGGAGGGACUGGUUCGAAAGGUGACACGGGUGAACUCGGAGCAGGUGGAGCAAAGGGUGUGGCAGGAGUAACUGGCAGGAAUGGAACCGACGGUCAAAAGGGUAAAAUCGGCCGAAUUGGAGCUCCUGGUUGCAAAGGUGAUCCAGGUAACGAGGGACCAGAUGGUUACAAUGGAGAUGUUGGUGACACUGGGACACCGGGUGACAACGGAGGAAAGGGAGACUCAGGCCUUCCUGGAAAGUCGGGUCCCCCCGGCAUUCAGGGUGACCAAGGACCAAAGGGUGAAGAAGGAAAUCCUGGAAAUCCAGGGCCACCGGGAACAAAGGGUCUUCUGGGAAUUCCUGGCGGACCUGGACAAAGAGGCGAAGGGGGAAGGAGAGGAGACCCAGGAGCAAAGGGAGGACAAGGUUCUGAUGGGCUAAAAGGAGCAACGGGAGAACUAGGGCCACAGGGGGGCAGAGGCCUGCCCGGAGAAAAUGGACUCAAUGGCACAAAGGGAGACCAAGGACUGCCGGGACCGAGGGGUCAGCCAGGAGAAACAGGGGGCCUCGGAGGAAAUGGCACCAUGGGAAAUCCUGGGGAUCCUGGACGAAGGGGAGACUCUGGGCCACCUGGACCAAAAGGUGACAAUGGAAGAGCAGGAUUCAACUAUCCCGGACGGAGAGGAUCCACUGGAGACAGAGGUGAUCCAGGUAGAAGAGGACCCCGGGGGGGCAGAGGUGAAUGUGGUGCCAAAGGAGAAGCUGGAAAUAACGGACAACCAGGAGAGGCUGGGAUAGAGGGUCAGCCGGGUGAGCCAGGAGGGAGGGGAACAAGAGGAAAUCCUGGAUCUGAUGGGGACCCAGGACCAGUGGGCGAUCCUGGGCUCAAUGACUGCGAUGUCAUGGCUUACAUCAGGGAGACGUGUGGUUGUUGUGACUGUGAGAAGCACUGUGGAGCUCUGGACAUUGUAUUUGUAAUUGAUAGCUCAGAGAGUGUUGGGCUGACAAACUUCACCCUGGAAAAGAACUUUGUUGUCAACACCAUCAACCGGUUGGGAUCUAUGGCCAGCGACCCUGUGUCAUCAACCGGCACAAGAGUCGGAGUUGUUCAGUUCAGUCACAACGGGACCUUUGAGGCCAUUCGUCUCAAUGACCCAAACGUCAACUCCAUGUCUGCCUUUAAAACGGCAGUGAAGAAGCUGCAGUGGAUAGCCGGGGGCACCUUCACACCCUCAGCACUCAAGUUCGCCUAUGAUCACCUCAUCAGGGACGGCAGGAGAGCCCAAGCCAAAGUGUCCGUGGUGGUGAUCACAGACGGCCGCUAUGACCCACGUGAUAAUGAGGAUUUGCUCCAGUACCUUUGCAACAACGAUGUGGUGGUGAACGCCAUCGGGGUUGGUGAUAUGUUUGAAAAGGAACAAGAUGACGAGAUCCUGGUGUCUAUCGCGUGCAACAAGAAGGAGCGCGUCACUGGGAUGAAGCGUUACGUAGACUUGGUGGCUGAGAAAAUGAUACAGCAGAUGGAGACGGCUCUCUGUCCUGACCCUGUGAUUGUGUGCCCUGAUCUCCCCUGUAAACGUGAGCCUGCUGUAGCUUUGUGUGUCCAGCGGCCGGUGGAUUUGAUAUUUCUGCUAGACGGCUCGGAGCGCCUUGGGUUGGAGAAUUUCCGGCACGUCCGUGAAUUUCUGCAGAAGGUGGCAGACAGGCUGACAAUGGCCAACAACAAGACUGAUCGUAUGCGAGCCCGCUUGGCGUUGAUAGAAUUUGGCAAGGCAACUGAGAACCACGUGGCCUUUGCUCUCACACACAACCCUGCCACCAUCACCAACGGCAUUGCACGCUUGCCUUAUCUCGACUCUUCUUCGAGCGUGGGGUCUGCCAUCCUUUACACCAUCGACACCAUCUUAGGUAAAGGAAAUGCUCGCCAGACGAGACGCAACGCAGAGGUUUCAUUCGUUUUCAUCACAGACGGCAUCACUGAGAGCAACGACCUGGACGAGGCUGUGAGUGCCAUGCGCGGGGCACAGGUUGUUUCCACUGUGAUAGCCACAAGAAGUGACGUUGACCAAAAAGUCCUCAUGAAGCUGGCCAUGGAUGACAAGGACGCCAUCUUCAAAGGAAAAGACUUGUCUGAUCUGUCCCUGUCCAGUUUCUUCGACCGUUUCAUCCAGUGGGUGUGUUAAAGAAAGACCACAUGGAUGUGGACGUCAUACUGGGUCAUACUGCUUUUAAUCCAGCAUUGUAAACAUGAGAUACUGGUCUACUACAAUUCUACUUUGCACUGUACAAUUUGCAAAUGACACCAAGGCAUUGUGUGUGGGGAAAACUGUAUUCAUCUACAAAUCAAAGUACAAGUCGUACAUUAAGCUUUAAGAUAAUAAACCUGCAGUUUCUUGGACAAGGCAGUGAUGUCUUGUGUAAAC